AUGAAGCUCGGUUACGUUCUCGCCAUCUUCGCCAUCGGCGGCGCCUCUGCUGCUGAGAUGCGCGCCUGCUCCAAGACCAGCAUGAACGGGUCUUGCAAGGUUGCCACCGGAAUGGGUAAAACCACCGGCACCUUCAAGUCGUACAACUGGCGAUCCUCCGCCAACCGUUGCGUCAGGGUUUGCAACGGAUGCAAGUCCUACUCCAACAACAACAUCAGCUUCAACAAGUUCAUCGUCUUCGACUGGGACAACGGUGAGGGCCCCGAGAGCUCCACCUGCUGCUAA